GACACUUGUGCACAUGCCGUAAUGUCCGAGAGCACCGCCCCACCCCCAGACCAUCCAUAUGCCCUUUUGCCUUUCUCCUGGGGUAUAUAUAGCAUGAGAAGGGAAGCAACCAGCCCUGGCAGUCAAAAUGAGGCUUUUUCUCCCCGUCUGCUGCCUGCUGGCUCUGCUGGCACUCACCACUGCAGAUGCAGUAAAGUCUGAGAGCGAUCCGCUUGUGCCUCUACAGCUGAAGCCCGAAGGUGAGCUUUUCACCAGCUGUGAUGGCACAGAAGAUAUCAGCCGAAGCUCCUCCAAUGACACACCUGCGCCAAAGAGACCUGUCUGCCAACCCUGCAGCCCUGGUGGACAUAUUCACACCACCACAGAAGAUGUCAGCUCUAAUGAGGAAGAGGAGGUUGCUUCAGAAGAGAAGGAUGAAGAGUUAAGUGAGGAGGAGAGCUCUGAAGAGAUAUUUGAGGGGGAGGCACAGGAAGAGGAGGAAAAUACAAAAGAUGAAGCUCUUGAGGUUGUGGAUGAGGAGGCAGAGGGGGAGGAAGACAGUGAUGUAGAGGCACCUAUGGUUGUUGAGGUAUCUUUGGAAGAGGAGGAAGAGGAGGUUCAUGAGACUGAAGAGGUGGUAGUGAAGGAAGAAGAGGUGGUAGUGGAGGAAGAAGAGGUUCAUGAGACUGAAGAGGAGGUAGUGGAGGAAGAAGAGGUGGUAGUGGAGGAAGAGGAGGUUCAUGAGACUGAAGGGGAGGUGGUGAAGGUAGAUGAGGUUUCUGAGACUGUUGAGGAAGUAGUGGAGGAUGAGGAGGUUUACCAAACUGAAGAGGAGAUAGUGAAAGAAGAUGAGGUUGUCCAGACCAAAGAUGUGGCAGAUGAGGAAGAGAAUACUGAAGUGGAGGUAGAGGAGAAAGAUGAGGUUCCUCAACUUGAUGAGGUGGCAGAGGAGCUUUCUAAUUCAGAAGAAACAGAAACAUUAUCUCACCAUGAAGAUCCAUUGGAGCAGGUGGAGGGGAGACCAGAAGAAGCUAUAAUACUAACAGAGAAAGCGGUUGCCCUGGAAGAGGAGGAAGCUGUAACAGAGAAAGAAGCCCCAGAAGAACCGUCUGUCAUUGUAGAAGAAAGUGAAAAGGUCUCAGAGGAGCAGUCAGCAUCCGUGGAAGAACCUAAAGAAGCUGAAAUGGAGGAAACUGUUGUAGCAUCUGCUGAGGAACAUGCACCAGAGGUUGUUCAGGAGGUUGUGAGUGAAGCCAAAGAUGUAUUAGAGGAGGUGGCAGAACCUACUCCAAAACCAACUGUCGUUUAUGAAGAUGUUCCUGCACAUGCUGAAGAAGUAACAGUUUCACCUGAUAAACCAGCACCCAAGGAAUCUGUGAAAGGGAAGAAAACAACGCCAUCAGCUUCAGCCACGAGAGAUCGGUCUCACAUUGAAGACGCACUUCAUCUGGCCUCAGCUGAACCAUCAAAGGCAUUUGUCGAUGCUCUGAAAAAGUUGCAGCAUAUCUACAGCACAGCGAUUAAACCACUAGAGAAUGCCUACAAAUACAAUGAACUCAGACAGCACGAGGUGUCAGAUGCAGAGAUCACCUCAAAGCCCAUGGUCUUGUUUCUGGGUCCCUGGAGUGUUGGCAAGUCUUCCAUGAUCAAUUAUCUUCUGGAUCUCCAAGACAAGUCCCAACUUUACACAGGGGCUGAGCCAACGACCUCAGAAUACACUGUAUUAAUGCACGGCGAAAAGCUUCGUACCAUUGAGGGCAUUGUCAUGGCAGCCGACAGUUCGCGCUCCUUCUCACCGCUGGAGAAGUUUGGACAGGGUUUCCUGGAGAAGCUGGUCGGAAUUGAGAUGCCGCACAAACUCCUUGAGCGGGUUACUUUUGUGGACACACCUGGAAUUAUCGAAAACCGCAAGCAGCAAGAAAGAGGCUAUCCCUAUAGCGAAGUGUGCCAGUGGUUUAUAGACCGUGCCGACCUCAUCUUCCUCGUCUUCGACCCAACCAAACUGGAUGUAGGAUUAGAACUCGAAAUGCUAUUUAGACAAAUGAAAGGGCGCGAGUCACAAAUCCGUAUAAUCCUCAACAAAGCUGAUAGUUUGUCAACCCAGGACCUAAUGCGUGUGUACGGCGCCCUCUUCUGGAGCAUGGCACCCUUGAUAAACGUGACGGAGCCCCCGCGAGUCUACGCCAGCUCCUUCUGGCCACAGGACUACGCUGCUGACACCAACAGAGGCCUCUUCAUGCGUGAGGAGAUUUCUCUGCUAGAGGACCUAAAUCAGGUAAUCGAGAACCGCUUGGAAAACAAAAUCGCCUUUAUACGCCAGCAUGGCAUCCGCGUACGGAUCCACGCCCUCUUGGUCGACCGCUAUCUGCAGACGUACCACGAGAGGCUGGGCUGGUUCAGCGACCCCGACGAGGUGUUUCGCGAUAUCGUCAGCGACCCAGACAAGUUUUACAUCUUUAAGUCCAUUCUGGCCAAGACCAACGUUAGCAAGUUUGAUCUGCCAGAACCGGAGGCGUACCAGGACUUCUUUGGAGUGAACCCUCCCAGUGGCUUUAAGCUCCUCUCCUCGCACUGCAGCUGGUCAGGUGGCUGCCUUCUGGAGAAGAUCGAGAAGGCCAUCACGGAGGAUCUGCCUGCUUUGCUUAGUAGCUUGGCAGAUAAGCAACCCAAAGCAGAACCGGCCGCAGAGACCAAGGAGAAACCCAAAAAUCCUUGGAGGAGACAGUGAUGAAGCGAGAAACUGACUUAGGGUAAAUUUUAAAGGUUCAACUCCUCCUACUGGAGAUGCAAUCAUUCAUAUUAGACCGAGGGCACCAAAGCAAUGAAUUGUCACUUGAAUGCAUGGAUGAAUGGACUGUAAAAUGAAGAAAUGAGAAUAACAUGUUAUAAAUACCUAAUAGAUGUACAAUUUUAAAGAUUCACAGCAAUGGGAAGUCAAAUGAGGCAUUUAUUGAGAGUUUAUACGUGGUCUGUAUGAAAUAGUCCUGAGUGAGGAAAUCAGUCUCCAAUUUUUAUUUCCUUUAUUUUUUCUGUUAUUUACGGAGCCCCUAACGGGACAUGGAGCAAUAGUUUAAAAAAAAUUAGUUUCGCGUGCGCACGUGAAACUAUCGAGUUUAGUUUCGCAUGCUCACGUGAAACUAUCGAGUUUAGUUUCGCGUGCUCAGAUAAAACUUUCGCGUGCUCACGUGAAACUUUCGCGUGCUCACGUGAAAGUUUCAUGUGCGCACGUGAAAGUUUCACGUGAGCACGCAAAACUUAACUUUGCAAAAGAAAUUCUGCACAUUAAGGUUUCGCGUGAGCACAUGAAACUAAACUUUAGAUUUGUUUUAAUCAAAUGUCACCUUAGGGGCUCGGUAGUUAUUCUUUUGGGUGCAAAACUUAUUUUACGUAUUUAUAUUACAUGUAUGUUCAGGACAAAUACAGUGUCCAGUAAUCGUAUUCAGUGGCGGCUCGUGACUGCUCAUCCGAGGGGCGCAAAUUCAAAAUAUGAGUUCGGAGUGUCGUGUGUUGCUCCUUUUUUCAAAAUAUGUGUUUGUUGCGUCAUGUGAACCACGUGCAUCACGUGUUUUGUCAAAAUAAAUGUCAAAACGGUUUAUGAUAAAAGAAACGCUCACGUUCACAAAAUACACACAAGACACUCACUUAACAGUAAACUCUGAUUACGCAUGAGAUUAUGCGAGUAUCUGGCAAACACGAUCAUAAACCCUUUAAGUCCACUUAUUUUGAACAGACACGUGAUGCACGAUUGCUCGACGCGCAGAACAAAUAUUUUGAAAUUACGAACCACACACGUUCGGGCUACAUACAUGUUGUGACGAACUUCGCAUCGUGCGCCCUCGAAAAACGAAGUCACCGGCCGUCACUGAUCGUAUUUAUUUUUCUUUUGGAUGUCGCUUUAAAGCUUGAAAACUACUUAAUAUUACUUCACGAUUACUCUGAAGUGACUAUUUUUCUUUGUACAGUGAUAUUGCAGUUGCUAGUAUUAAGGUUGAGUUUGCUUACAUUACUGCAUGGUAAAGUUAUGGUAACACUGCAUUGUGUUUGUUUCUCGUAGAUUUUGUUUUUUUUUAUUCAUGCAGUAUAGAAAUGUAACAUUAAACUUCAAUAAAAUUAGAUUACAUUUAUGACUAAAUAAAUGAACGUAUUGAUCAAUAAAAGAGGCAUAUGUACUGUGAGACAGAUGAGACAGCUGAGUUUGAAGAACUCCAACUUCAACAAAAACUCAAAAUAUCCACUAGAUGGCGUAUCAUAUCAUUGUACUGAAUGCAAUAAAUAUAAUCAUCAUCACACUUGUAAAUGAACCUUUGGCAUCAUAAAAAGUACUGUUUAUGUUAUCGUUCUGUCUUAUCAGUUCUCAGUGUGAAAUGAAAUAUAUACUGUUGCAGUUUAUACUGUAUAUCUGUCUAAGCAGAGCAAUUUGCAUGCCCUAUAUGGUUAAAGCAACACCAAAGAGUUUUUUUACUUUAAAAUACCAUUUCCAAAAAAGUUUCAGUGGUUCAUCCAUUCAAAACAGGGUGAAUGGCACUUUCACAUUCGCUUUGCAGCCCUCUAAACCGCACUAAAGAAGUUUCCAACCGCCGGGUCGCGGUCCUGUAGUUCGAGUGAAAACUACAAAAACUUGCUUUACGGCAGACCUACAAUCCAAUCAGAGCCAGCUAUGCUGCAGUAUUUACGACAGUGGUAAUGAACAAUUACGCUUCUAACCUGUAGGGGGAGCAAAGAGCAAAAAGUCUUUAGUGUUGCGACAGUGUUCAUGCUAUGCUACAAUAAUAAUAUAUAAUAUGUCAUAAUAUUAUAACAUGCCAUAUCUUACAUGAUGUUUAACUGUUUAUGACUCCAUAGAUUUGUGAUUUUUAAAACAUACACAAUAAAGCCACAGGUGCUUUAAAAGUGA